AAUCUGCUUCUGCCACCGCCAAUGGAUUUAUCACCACUGGGUCCUCUGACAUCGUGGUUCUUGUUUACAAUGGCCGCUUGUUGAGAAUGGAUCAUAUUUCUCAGGUCGCACCGAUCAAGCCUUUAAACACACAGUCAGCAGCGACAGUUGGGUCAUUGACGCUGGAGUGAUCUACGCAUGCAAUGGCAGUUUUCAGCCACCAGGUGCUUUUUGCUGUUACACGAUCCAGGGGAUCGUAUUUGAUAUCCCAGCGGCACAGUUGCUCCUCUUUGUCAUCCAGAGCCCACCUCCACCUAGAACCUCCACGAAACAUCUCCUCCUCGACAAACCCUCUGAGGCACUCCCGCUACGGCCACCCUCACUGUUACAGAGACCGCAAUCUGGGCUGCAGCCAAAGUUCCGCCCUACUCGCCCGAGCUCUGCACAGUUCCGUCGUUUGGCGCCAAGACAUUAAAAACGAGGAGACGAAAACCUCAGCCCCUCCUCACAAUUUGGAGUUGGGCGAGAAGAAGGACCCCGCACCUGUUGUAGCCCAACCACAAACGCCACUUCCAACACCUGUAGCGCCCGCUGCUGUCGCGCCCCUGCCCACGGCACAGGAAAAGUCCUUGGUGAAGAAGGCUCUCUAUCUGAGGAUUGUCGACGAGCUGAAACAUUACUAUAAUGGCUUCCGAUUGCUCGGUAUUGACACCACGGUUGCGGGCAGGAUGGUGUGGAGCCUGCUGCACGGACAGAUCCUCACACGCAGGGAAAGGAGAAGGCUGAUGAGAACAUGCGCUGACCUCUUCCGUCUGGUACCCUUCAUGGUGUUCAUCAUCGUCCCCUUCAUGGAGUUCCUCCUUCCCGUCUUCCUUAAGCUUUUCCCAGAAAUGUUGCCCUCCACCUUCGAGACAGAGUCCAAAAAGGAGGAGAAGCAGAAGAAGGGCCUGGCCGCGAAGCUGGAACUUGCCAAGUUCCUCCAAGAGACCAUCGCUGAGAUGGCUCGAAGGAACAAGGCCACGGCGCAGAGCCAGGAUGAGACUCAACGCUUCUCCAGCUAUGUUCAGCAGGUCCGGGGCACCGGCGAGCACCCCACCACCAAGGACAUCGUCCGCUUUUCAAAACUGUUUGAGGACGAGCUGACGCUGGAGCACCUGGAGCGCCCCCAGCUGGUGGCCCUGUGCAAACUGCUGGAGCUGCAGCCCAUCGGCACCAACAACUUGUUGCGAUUCCAGCUGAUGUUGCAACUAAGGACCAUCAAGUCAGACGACGAGAUGAUUGCAGCAGAGGGCGUAUCAGCAAUGAGUGUGUCGGAGCUUCAAGCGGCUUGUCGCAGCCGUGGAAUGAGAUCUCUCGGUCUUACCACAGAUCAGCUCCGUCUGCAACUGCAACAGUGGCUGGACCUCCACUUGAAUGAGAACGUUCCUCCAUCCCUGCUGCUGCUCUCCAGAGCCAUGUACCUGACUGACAUCAAACCCAAGGCCCCGGUCAUCCCGCCUGUACCCAAACUUGAGAAAACCACUCCAGUGGAGAAUGGCGCAAAUGGGACCUUAGUCAGCUCAGACCGGCUGUCGGACCCUGCGCUCAUCAUCAAAGAUAGGCCGGCAGAGGAGAUAAGGAACAAGGCUCCCAUUAUCUCAGACAAACCUUUAACUCCCGCUGAAGUCCUCCAGGCUAAAGCAGCAACCGAAGUGUCCCAGAAGAGCAAGAUCAGUGCCAACGGUGUGUAAAGAGGCGUACGAGCGUCUAGACUUGAAGGACAGAUGAAUUUAUGCAGCCCAAAAGCCCCUAACAAGGACACCCACGCACUAUUGACGACCUAUCAAAUUGUUUACAUCUCUCUUGCGCCAAUUCAAGCAAGGAGGGUCUCUGAGGAUAUUAACUGUCGGUGACGCGACGGUGCUCUGGAACGCAUACUUCUGCGCUCCAAAACGCUCUCUAUUCCCAUUUCCAUCUCCAGACUUGGCAUGGCGCAGCCAGGCGACUGCCUCAACGGUGACUCCUUUUUGUUUCGCACGGGUUCCUCCUUUUGUAAAUUUGUAAAUGUGUAUAUUGUCGUUUGUGGCUUUACAUUGUGGCAGCACUAGCUAGCUAUGUACAGUUUGCUAUGCAAACUCAUGAAAUGAUCAAAGCUCCCAUUGUUAGCAUUUUUUUUGCCACCCUCCUGCCGGUUGCCCCUGUUCAACGUGUGACAAAACACCGCGAUACUGAACCCGUCCACCUGCCAUCAUUUUCUCCACAAACCGGACCAUGUUGGCCAUGUCUCGACCUGGAGGUUCCAUCAGUUGACCGGAACAGGUUCCACAGCGCAUGCUGCCCUGGUUCUCAUAAAACGAGUGCUUAUAGAGAGAAAGAGAGUUCACUCUUUUCACACAGACAAGACUGCGGCAAAAUGUAAGCUGCCUUAUUUUAUUUUGAAUAUACUGAAGUGUAAAGAAAGUAUUGUUUUAACACGGAGACACUUGAGUUUCCUGAAGCAGAAGAGAAUAUACUCCAUGUUAUCCAGAAAUAAAUUCUAUUUAUGGGAGAUCUUUAAACUCCAAAGUAAUAACUUUUUUUUUGUGCUUUCAAAUAAACAUGCACGUUUAAUCACCUUGUCCCAAAUGCGUUGCCCCUCUCAUACAAAGGACCCUUAAUGUUACGCAAAAUAGUCAUCUCUAUUCGGUAAUUCUGUAUUUUGUGCAAUUUAGUCACCCAUGCUCCCUUUGUUCAUAUCAGUACUGGAUCGUUUUUGUUGUUUUUUUUUCCCUCUAGAUGCCCUCCAUUAAAAGCAUUAUCAUUUUA